UUAACCGGACGAAUCAUACGCUUAAUUAAUCCAUGCUAAUGACACAGUGAAACACGUUAAAAUGAAGUGCCUAUACCUACUAGCUUUUAUUGUCGUAGUCCAAGGAUACUCCAUUAGGGAUAAUGAAAUAGAAACUUCUAGAUUGCAAACAAGUGACGAUCUACUAAACAGUGUAAUUAGUGAUUGCUUUGAAGCAGCUUCCCCGACUUCCUGUCUCAAAGUGAAAGUCCUGUCGUUCUUGGAUACGAAACUCGGUGUCAGGUCCGAGUCAGCGAGAGCCCUGGAUGAGAAAAAUAUUGAUAAAGUGAUAUUCGACCGCGUUGGAAGGAUCAUUAACACAAAUGAGUUCAGAUUCCAGCUGCCUGAGUUUUUAUUCCAAAGCGCUGAAGUUUCAUACCGCGCUGAUCGAGGUUUUGAUGUAGACUUUCCAGAAGAUGCUUCAGAGAAUGGCGAAGCUCGCGGCAUCCUCAAGAAGAAGCUUCUUUUGCCAGUUCUUUUACUUCUUAAAUUGAAGAUGAAAGCACUUAUGCCAAUUCUAGUGACUAUAGUUGGAAUCAAGGCUGUCAAAGCUCUCAUUCUGAGUAAACUUGCCAUCACUCUUGUUAUUGGAUUCCUCGUUUAUACACUUGUCAUGAAAAAAGGAGCUAUGAUGCCCAUGAUGAUGACUCCAACAGAAGCACCUCCUGCUUCUCAAUACGGACCACCAGCUUCCCAAUACGGCCCAGCAUCAACCUCUGCACCUCCUGCCGACUCCUACGCCCCUCAAUCAUGGGAGCCAUCCAGUUCUGGACCCUACGCUAGAGUCUGGGACCCAAGUCACCUUGCUUACAGCUCAUACUACCCUAGUGAAUCUGCGGCGUCAUCAAACCAAUCACCGAGCUACUCCAGCGUGGCAUCUAUUUCAUCAUCUUCAUCAUCAUCAACGGCUUGAAUGUAACACACCUGUUACUACCUCACGAAACGAAGCGGCUAGUGUAUAGAACCUAGUUUAUUUAUAAUUAUUUAUUAUUAUUUAUUGAACACAAUAAAUUGACUUUUUAGAGUGA